AAAAGUAAACAUCGAGCAGCUAAAAUACAUGAACGCCGAUGACAUUAAGGAGGCAGUGCCUUCAUUAGGUCUGCGCAUAGAGUUUAGACAAAAACUCUUCAGAUGGAAGGAGUCUGAGGGUGGAGAUGAAGACCAAAUUUCGCCACUGCCCUCCAUUGUCAAACCGGACGUCAAGGCUCCCCUAAAGUUCAUUUUGAAUAAAAGCUUGCACUCCUUACUUAAUGAGUCUCGAAAGGGCAUGAAGAUUUUGGAACAUGAAGAAACUCAUCAUUAUCUUCCCCAAAUGCUUCGGGACGAACUUAUUUCUAUUAUAAUAGAAGAGGCCAUGCUCGAAAAUAUUACGAUUAGCGUUCCAGAUUUCCAAACCUUGCUAGAGGAAAUAUGUUUUGUUCUCCCAAGCCAGAUAAACGUUAAGGUAAAAACAUAAUGCUAUAAAUAAUUUGAUUUGCUUAUUAUGUUGCCACACAAAACCCACAUGUACAUAUAUAUAAGAUUAUAAGUUGUUUUAGUUAUAAGAAGAAUAUUUUUGUACUAUGUAAUGAAGUAGAUUUAAUUCGAUUUGACAAACAUUUUCAUUCUUAUGAAAUCGGUUAUCCAUCCGACACAUUUUGCAUUUUAAACAUGAAUGAAAUAAUUACUCUUCCUUUGCACUUAUAUACAA